CAUGAAUUAAUAAAAGCAUUUGGUCGCCAUAUUAGUUUCGAUCGCUCCUCUACUGACCCUGGGGUAUACAUGAAUAUAUCGAGCGAGAAAGUUACGGUCAGUUGCUUUCCGAUCGAGGCAUUCAGGUGGCACGGAAAUUUUAAUUGCCUGAACUAUCGGUACACAAAGCAGUAAAAUGUUUGUGAUCAAGAACAUAGGAAACAGCAUUUAUUCUUUGAAAGAAUCUCCAAUAAUCUGUAUUAUUUUGCACAGAUAGUGCCGCCAUACUUCAUAUAUACAUCGAACACGUGUGUCGUUCAUACAGAGUGCAUAACGUCUGCAUUUUUUUUUUGAAAACCCCGGCGGCACUAGAUCUAACAAAGAAGCGAAAUGAUAGUAAAUCCAAGAAAGUAACAACGUAACAUGUUUCCAACGGUUUCUACAAAAACGCUCCGUUUCUAAAAUCCAUGAGAUCAUUGACAUUGGUCGAUCUGCCACAGUAUGUGGUUGCGCAUGUGCAAUGUUAUAACAUACACAGGAAAACGGUCUACAGUUAUCGCUGAUUUUUGAAGUAUCUGUGCCUGGAUUUCAGUCAGUCUUGUUUCUUCGUUCAUUGCAUGGAUAUUCCUUGCCAGUGCAGUGGUUGUCAUAUUAUUACGGGCCGCCAAAAGCACUGGUGUUACGCCGAUAUGCGUACCAUUUGGUACGCAUAUCAUAAGAUGGCGACGACCUCUGCAGAGAAUUCAGAAACGAUAAUGGAUGAAUCCCAUAUGGUGGCAAGAUAUGUGAAGUGUGCGGAAAGAUGUAUAGUUCAAAGCAGGGCAUGCAAGAACACAAAUACUGGAGCACACAAAGGAAUACAAAAUUCAAGUGUGGUCAAUGAAAAACCUUAUGCCUGCGACAAAUGUACCAAGGCGUAUGUCCACAAGAAAGAUCUCCGAAAUCACAAGUUGGCCCAGCAUGAUGAGGGGGAAAAGUUUAAAUGCGAUUAUUGUAAUUGUAAGGGAUAACGUCAAAAUCCCUGGUUCUGUGGCGUCGUCUCUGUAAGGGGCUGCUGCUUUUGACAAAACAGGAUUAGAUGGAACGGCAAAUUUAAUUUUACAUUCUGAUGUGCUUAUUCUAACAUUUCCCAGUCCUUCGCCUUUAUACCCACGAAAAAAAUUUACCCCUUUUCCCUUGAAAAGUUUUUCAACUGUCAACCAAAAUGCCAUUGAUCAUUGAGAAUACCGCAUUGAAGAUGCUGUGGGGUUUGAAAAAAAAUUCGCAACAUCGAACAACCAGUGGAGCGUUAUGUUGUCAAUAAGUUGGCCAGAACAAAUGCACUUAUCAACCGCGAUAAAAUCUUCAAUGAUGUUGUUCAAUGAUGUUGUCCUGAUAUGAAUUCAUAAAGUUAAUGCCAAUCUGUUUGACAACUCUCAGAAAAAUAAUUGUUUUCUGUAAUUUUAUCAAUUUCAUGGGUUUUUUUCGAUCUCCGAUGAUCGUUUGAAAGAAAGAUUUCUAGCAUGGAUAUUUAUAUAACAUUUCAAUCCAUUUUUAAUUUUGGCUAUUAUGUCACUAACCAAGAUACCAAUAUGUAUGCUUCGGUAUACUAAUGUUCCUGCACUUUCAUCAAACAAUUUUUGUCCUAAGCUAAAUUUCUCAUUUUUCUGUGUCCAUUGACAAUUCAAUGUAUGAUUAAGUACUUCAUACGGAUCUGAUGAACUAAACCAACAGGAGAGAGCAUAACAUAUGUAGUUCUCAUCUUAAAAAAAAAAACACAACAUAUCAAUUUGUAUAUUAGUGGUACGUAUAUCUUACCGGUGGUACGUAUAUCCAGAAAUUCUUAUUUGUUUUAUGGUACGUAUAUCUGUUUUGUAGGUACGCAUAUCAUCGAGAUUUUCAUUAAUGAAGAAAAUAUCAAUUAAUAUGCAGUUUUGAUUUAUUUUAUAGGUUGCUACAUGUGAAGACUCAGUAGGUCUUCAAACA